AGUAAUAAAGAAGGUCAAAUGAUACCGUACUUGAACAUGUGAAGAACAGCAUUGGUUGUUACCAUCAGUGUCAUAAGAGGGACUCAACCUUUGAAACAUGACAUUUCUAUAUGUCAGUAUAUCCUCCUUUCAUCAUUAAUUCUCAUCCAACAAAUUUUCAGUUUUUUUAUAAUUCCCUGGUCUUGGUUAAUGAAUACUCCACCUUUUUGUUCAAGGCAAGUAAAAGUACUAGAUCCACAAAUGAGGUAACAUUAGCUUCCUCAGGUUUCUCUGUUUGUGUGCUGGAUACAUAUCAGGUUCUUGUUUGUAUUUGUAUUACUUCACUGAUACCCCCUAGAUAGGAGAAAUAAUAUGAGCUGGCUAGAAUAUGACAUUACUAAACUUCAACAAAUUGUUUCUUGUUUUUUUGUUAUUAUAGAUUAAUAUUACAUACUUAGUUGCUAAAUUAUAAUUUUAUUAGACAAAAUGACAAAAAAACAUUUUUAUAACAGUAGUAACCUAUAGUUAGAAAUUUUCAGCAUUGAUCUCUCUUCUCUUUUCUUCUAUUCUAUUGUCACUUUCUCUCAUUCUCUCACAAUACCAUUUUUUUCUUGUUUACAAACCUUGCACUUUUUAUGCACCUUUCUUAUACUUUCCCCUUUAAAAACUCUUCAUUUGUGAAGUUUGUGCUAGAAAGUUUAUGAUGAGUUUGAAAACAAGUAACAAGAAAAUGAGAAGAGGUUUUAUGUGCCAUUCUCAAUCUUCAACCGCAGUGUGUAUGAACACACGUGAUCCUCGUUCUGUUGUUGUACCUAAGAGGAUUGAAAAGAGUGUUACUCUUGAUGAUACAAGAAUCAUCAACUUUGCCAAAUAUUCCAAACUUGUUGAAUCUCCUAUGUCCAAUCCUGUCCCGAAGAUCAUGCUUAGAGAGAACUCGGCGAAGAAUCAAAAUUAUCAAGCUAUUGAACCAAGAGAACUUCAGAAAACAACAACAAAUAAUGUUUUUCAGGUGGUUGUGAUGCGGGUUGCAAUUCACUGUCAAGGAUGUGCUGGAAAAGUGAAAAAACAUAUCUCUAAGAUGGAAGGAGUUACAUCAUUCAGUAUAGAUGUAGAGUCUAAGAGGGUGACAGUGAUGGGGCACAUUUCUCCGGUGGAAGUUCUUGAUAGCAUUUCAAAGGUGAAAAAGGCUGAGCUUUGGUGUUAAACCACUUCAUGCACACCAUAAAAGGAAUGAUAGGAGAUGCAGAGAUAGAGUCAAUGAACUUUGAAUUUUUCCUUUGUGUUUGUGGUCCUCAAUAGUUGGUGGCUAGAUAGAUAGUUUACCUACUCAAUUGACUUGGUUUUCUUUUUUGUUGUCA